AUGAGCCUGCAAUGUGUAUCAAAGUCAAGCAACGCCCUUGAGGGUCUCCAUGGUGUUCAUGUCGUCUCUCAAUCUCCCUUCUCAUACGACCAGACAUCACAAGUCGGUGACUUUCAGACCAAAUGCAAACCCUCAGACAUGGGAUCAAAUCAGAAACUGUUCAUCGAACGUGUUUGGCAACAAAGACCUCCAUGCCUAAGACCAAUCCAUUCUUGCAUCCACGGUGACCAGAGUGUUCUAGAAACAGCUGCUAAUGUGGCUACUUCGCUUCCUUUCAUCGUCCUUGGAAUGCAGGCACCGAGGAAGAAUCUGAACAUGAAGGCGUACGCAAACUCCUUAAUCGGUGUUGGAAUUGCAUCGAGUCUGUAUCACGCCUCCAGAGGAAAGCUGAGGAAGUACCUUAGAUGGGUAGAUUACACAAUGAUAGCCACAACAACCAUUUGUCUCUCAAGGGCUCUGAGGAAUGAGAACCCAAAGUUGCUAAUGGCUGCAUCAGCUUUAGCUUUACCAUUUCAGCCUCUCAUGGUCUCUGCUGUUCACACCGGAAUGAUGGAGGUCGCAUUUGCUAAAAGAAGCUUAAAGGACCCUGAUCUCAAAACAGCUCAUAACGUACACAAGAUGUCUUCUUUGCUAGGUGGUGCUCUGUUCAUAGCUGAUGAUUUCUUCCCUGAGACACCUUUCCUUCACGCCGGUUGGCACCUCGCUGCAGCCAUUGGCGUCGGAACGUGUAAUAAGCUUCUUGAGUAG